CCGAAUGCUAUGUCCGGGUCCAAAGGACCGACCCAACCCAUACCCGACCUGUUGCCGCCCCUAAUUUUGGAGCCAUCAUGAUAACUUUGAAGUAGCUUUCCAUCGGAAAUAGUCCCCUCCAUGUUUCUCUCUCUCUCUAGCAAGCCUUUUAAGUCAGGACUCAGAAGACUCAAUAUUCUCUCUAGCAAUGGAUUUUCAGAGUUACUCUAUUUGAAGUUACAAGGCUUUUUUGUUUCUCUCUCCAAUGAAAUGUUAUAGCACUCUUGAUUUCAUAAAAUUUUCUUAAUUUUUGAGUUUCCCUCUCAUCUUUCCUGUUCGCUCUCUCGAAAAUGGAGGCUGCGAGGGCCCCCACCCGGAUUUCCCUAUUUAAUUCCUCUGCAAAGCGAUCUUCCCUUUCAUUGUCCGCUGUUUCUUCUCCUCUGUCUCUUAGAUAUCGAAGUUCCGUUGCCAUUAAAGGAAACAUUUCCAUUAAGAUUUACAGUAAUAGGAGACUCUUCACGGUGUCCUGCUCUAGAAUGGAUGAAUCUUCAACUUCUUCUUCUCAGAUUGCUCAAUCAUUUCUCAGAAAUGUGCUGGCUAGCAUGGAGGAAGUUUAUCUGAAUAGGAAUGCAUCUGCAAAGGCUAUAUUGAACCUUGUGCACUCAUGUGAUGGCGAUCAUGUUUCCUAUGAUCAUUUUGCUUUCAGAACAUUUGGGGUGGAUGGUUAUGGGAUUGACUCCAUGGCGAAAUUCUUUCUCGAUUUUGGUUACACAACUCGUGAAGAACUGAGGUUUCCCGCAAAAAAAUUGAAAGCCUUAUGGUUUUCUCCACCUAAAAAUGUUCAUUGUCCAAAAGAGCAAGGCGUGAUGGGACCUCUGCCAAGAGUUUUCAUAUCAGAGCUUCUUGUGGAAGAGAUGAGUCCUCAUGCACAGGAAAUAAUAAAAAAAUACACAAAAAUGUCUUCUUGUGGAAAUAAAUAUGCAGCUCUUGCAAGUGCUUUAGGAUCUUUAACAUGGGAAAAGCCCUUGUAUGCUGAUUAUGAACAAUUGUCAAGGGAAAGUGAAUAUGCUGCAUGGACCCUUGUAAACGGUUAUGCAUUAAAUCACCUCACUAUUUCUGUUCAUUCACUGAAGUCUCAUAUAAGAAGCAUCAAUGACCUCAACCGCUUUAUUGAAGCCAAUGGAUUCAGAUUAAAUACAGAAGGAGGAAUCCUCAAAGUAAGCCCUGAUGGCCUUUUAUUGCAAAGUUCGACAGUAGCUGAUUCAAUACCUUUCGAAUUUGCUGAUAAAAUCACCGAAUCAGUUCCAUGUUCAUACAUUGAAUUCGCAGAGCGUCUUGUGCUGCCUAACUUUGAAGGCUUGGCUGAUGAGGAGAUCAAGGAAUUUCACAGGCGAGAUGGUUUUGAGGUCGGCAACGCUGAUAAGAUCUUUGAAAGCACAUCAAAGGACCAGCUAACUAGGAAAGCUGCAUGAUAUAACGUCGCACUGAGGGAUCGGGAUUUUAAAGAGUUUCUGAUGAUCGUAUUUAGUAUACACCACUUGUAUAAAUCAGUUAUUUGGUGACAUAUUAUGGGGAAUAUGUGUUGAACUAUAUCUUUAAUGUUAACAGAAAUGGAAAUGCAAUGUGUCAAGUAAAAUGAGUUUCAUGUUA